AAGCAUUCUGACUGGCUGCAUCACUGUCUGCUGUGGGGUGGGGGCUACUGCACAGGACCAAAAGAAGCUACAGAAAGUCAUAAAAUUAGUCCGCUCUAUUGAGUACUAGCCUCCAUAGUACACAAGACAUCUUUAAGGAGAAAUGCCACAGAAAGGCGAUGUCCGUUAUGAAGGACCCCCAUCACACAAGGCAUGCCCUUUCCUCAUCGUUACCAUCAGGUAGGAGGUACAGAAGCCUAAAGGUACACACUCAGCCAUUCAGAAGCAGUUUCUUCCCCUCUGUCAUACAAUUCCUAAAUGAUCAUUGAACCCUUGAAUACUACCUCACUUUUUAAAAUAUAUAUAAUUUUUGUUUAUGGGCUAUUUUUAAUCACACACACAUACAAUUACUGUAAUUGAUUUACUUUUUUAUUCUUCUUUCUAUAUUAUCAUGUAUUGCAUUGAACUGCUGCUAAGUUCACAAAUUUCACAACACACACCAGAGAUAAUAAACCUGAUUCUGAUUUUGAGGUCGUUAAACUUUUCUCUGCUACUCAUUAUUUACAGGGGCUCUGUACAAGAAGGGACAGAGCCCACUGUACUUCCUGAGAAGGCUCCCAUCAUUCAAUGUCUACAGUACUGUGCUGCAGCUGUUUUGCAACUCAAUGGUGACCAGCGUUCUAUUCUAUGCUGUAGUCUGCUGGGGCAACAGGGUAAGAGCAGCUGACACCAAGAAGAUUGCUAAGCUCGUCGGGAAGGCUGGUUCUGUUCUGGGGGUGAAACUGGAUUCCCUAGUAGUUGUAUCUGAGAGGAGGAAGCUGCAGAAGCUACGGAGCAUUGUGGACAAUCCCUCUCACGCUCUCCAUGACAUACGACACAAGCAGAGGAGCUCCUUCAGUCACAGACUGAUUCCACCAAGUUGCACCACUGAACGCCACAGGAGAUCCUUUCUCUCAGGGGCUAUAACACUUUACAACUCCUCCUCCUCCUUAAGUAUAUAAGUAUAUGGUUUCAUUGCACAUCUGUGGUUUGCAUUAUUACUUUUUAAUGCACAUUUUAUAUUCUUUUUUGUACCUCAAUGCUUACAUUUUGUAUUUUAAGACUGAGUAACCUUGCAAGAGUAGUUUCCUUUGGGAUAAAUAAAGUUUUAUCUUAUCUCAUCUUAUGAGCUGGUAGCACAAAUAAAUUUGAUCAAAUAGCAAUUAAAUAGGAAAUUAAUCUCAUGGUGGUAUAUGGUGACUCACAGAGUAUGUACUUUGAUAAUAAAUAAACAAAUUUGAUGGAAAUAAUGAGAGCAGAGGAAAGAAAACAUGGGUGUUCUUUAGGCUCUUAAAGUGUUGCAUCUCCACAGGGUAAAACUAAAACAGGAAAAUAUCAAAUGCCUGUAACAAGAAAGUGCAAAGAUGAUGGUUUUUUAAGAGACUCUUGGAUAGGUCUUGAAAGUUACUGUUUUGUGGCAGUUGUGCAGUGCAACAUCAGGUUCCUGUACCUCCUGCCUGAUGAUAGUAAUGAGAAGAGUUAAUGCUCCAGAUGGUAAAGGUCCUUAAUGAAGGAUGCCACCGACUUGAUGCACCAUCUUCUGAAGAUAUCAUCUUUGGUGCAGAAGCUUGUACCCCUGUUAGAAUUGGCUGCCUACAACCCUCUGCAACCUCUUUUGAGACAGAAUAGGUUAGAGGGAAAUAGGUAGACCCAUGCAAACUGCUCUGGGCUGAAUGGUCUCCUUCAACAUUGCAUGGAAAUUUAAAAAUAAAAGAGCACAGCAGAAAUACGUGUCUGAUCUGCUAAGAUUAAUUUGUGACUGUAGGCACUACAUUUUAGCUAUAUAUACUGUCUUUUACACCAUAGCCCCAGAGGAAAGAUGUUUUGUUUAACUCAAUACAUGUGUAUAAUGGAAUGACAGUAAACUUGGAUUUGAGCUUGAACUUGAAGCAAUUUCCAUCAUGAAAAUCAAAACCCAAAAAUUUCCUCUAACAUUUUAUAUACUGUUUUUGGAGAUUUUCUCUCUCACCAUCCCCUUUCUUUGUCCAGGAGAUUAGAUGUAGUAGCCUCAAUUUGUUGAACAUAUUCUUCAUUGUCUAAUCAAAUUUAGUCCUAUCACAGAGUUGUGCAUGUUCAUUUUGUAUAAUCCUCAACCCUUUGAUUUGUUUUAUUUUGUUCUAUUGUGGUGAAAUUAUUCAAAAUUCCUGGGCUGAUUGUUCUACCUCAAUUGUUCUAGAGCAGCCCAUGGAAAUAAAUAGUUGAAAGCAAUGAAGUUGUAACUGUGAAGUUUGUUGAGUCAGAAAAACAGGAAGUUUAGGCAUAGCUAACUGUGUGGAAUGGGUUUGCUUUCUGACAUAGGGGCCUAUCAUCUUGUUUCACAGAGUGACUUUCCUGUGCCUUCUUUCAUUGAUGAAUAAUGAGAGUGUAAGGGAAGUCACAAUAGGGAGGAUGGUGUUUGCAGUGGGAUCAAAAUUUCUGGUGGUGCUCUCAGAUCCCUUCCGUAGUUCCUUCAUUUUCCCAAUGCCAAAGUCUAUUUUAACUUUCUGUUCUUAGUAAGUUCUUCUAAAUAGAUUUUCUGUUUAGAAUUCUUCAGCUUUGAAGAAAAUUGACACCAGUGAAGAAAUACAGACCGAUUUGGAUAACAGAUGGAUCUCAGGAAAAUUUUGCAACCAGUAGGCUGUGGAGUAAUACAAUACCUAUUCAAAAUUACAUGAUCAAAUUAUAUUUCCCUUCUUCGUAGGAAUAACAUGCUCUGUGAACUUUGAUGAGUGCUAUUCACACCCCUGCUUGCAUGGAGGGACUUGCAGUGACUUGAUCAAUGGGUUUGAGUGCAUUUGCUCUGAAGGAUACGGGGGUCUGUACUGUGAGAUGAACAUUGAUGAUUGCAGUAAAGGAUUCUGUGAGAACCACUCAACCUGUGUGGAUUUGGUGGCAGACUACAUUUGUAUUUGUCCUUUGGGCUUUACAGACAAGAACUGCUCAACAGACAUUGAUGAAUGUGCUUCUGAUCCCUGCAAAAAUGGAGCAACUUGCGUGGAUAUAGUUGGCGAGUACUUCUGCAGUUGUGCACAAGGUUUUGAAAGUAAAGACUGUUCAGUGGAAAUUAGUGAAUGUCUGUCAAAUCCAUGCCACCCUGCAAACACCAUCUACUGUGAAGAUCUGGUGAAUAGUUUUCGAUGUAUUUGUCACCUCGGAUAUAUGGGACAGACCUGUGCAACUCCAGUAAAUAUCUGUAUGGUGGGAUUAUGCCAGAACAACUCACAAUGCAUAGAUGAGCCGACAGAAUUUAGAUGCCAUUGUCUUCAUGGAUUAGAAGGAGAUUUAUGUGAGGCGGAAGGUGGAGAUUGUGAGGCAGGUUCUUGCCAUGCCCUUAGCGUCUGUGAGGCUGGCUUGAACUUAUUUGCCUGUUACUGUGCACCAGGCUUUGUAGGCAAUAACUGUGAGAUUGAGGUGAAUGAAUGCCUAAGUGACCCCUGUCAGAAUGAUGGCACCUGUACUGAUCUUCUCAACUCUUUCAGCUGUGUCUGUCCUGAUGGAUUUGAAGGUAUCAACUGUGAAAUCAACAUAAAUGAAUGUCACUCGUCUCCCUGUCUCCACAAAGCAACAUGCAUCGACCUCAUUAAUAGUUAUGAAUGCAUCUGCCUGCCUGGUUUCACUGGAUUCAACUGUGCAUCUAGACCCUGUGAAGUGCCAAAUCCUUGUAAAAAUGGUGCGGUGUGUGUGGAAGAAAUGGAUCUGGACAAAAACCCCCUGGGAUUCCGCUGCACAUGUACAAGAGGUUUCACUGGUCCACGAUGUGAGAUCAACGUGAAUGAAUGCAGCUCUUCCCCCUGUCUCCAAGGAUCCUGCUAUGACAUGGUGGAUGGGUUUUACUGCCUGUGUAGCCCUGGAUUUGCUGGUGUGCGAUGUGACCAGAACAUCGAUGACUGCCUCAACAACUUGUGUGAGAACAACUCCACUUGUGUGGACCGCCAUCUGGUUAGUCUUGGCAACAUGCCUCUUCAUCUAAGAUCACAUCUUCCCAACCUUCAAUGUCAGCCUAAUCAGUAA